AUGCCAGCUGCGCGCCCCCGGGCUUCUUUCGAACCCAUCCCACCCGACUUUGACGUGCGCACUUUUGUAGAGAAUGCCGACAAUUUUCAAUAUGUCGAUCGCAUAUCGUAUGAAAUGAUUGCGACCAACGGUAUGGAAGCAUUUGAGAAACUCGUCUUGUUGCAUGUGAUCAUAGGCGGUAAACCUCUUGUCAUCGAUGGCUUCGAUGAGGUACUGGAUCCCUGGACCUUUACGCCCUCAUGGCUGCGCGACAACCAUGGUGACAAAGUGGAGAACGCACGCAAUCUCAUGAUGCAAGAAAAUAUUCCUCUCACUAUCAAGCAUUACCUCAAGCACAUGCCCAAGUUGACUGAGCAGUUCUUCGACGAACCCGACCGAUACAGAGACAAAAAGAGACAACGGAUAUACCUAAAGGACAUAGAUUGCCCACAGGUAUGGCAUGACAAACUCAAAGAGCAUAUUCCUACUGGAUUGUUCUACCUGAAUGAAAGCACAGGCGAUGUAAACGGGCCUGGCGCACCAUAUGAGUUUGGGGUGCGCAAAGGUCGUGGCAUUGGAAGAGCCGGAGACCUCAUGAGCAGCUUGCCACCUGAAAUGCGCGCAGAGAAUCUCAUGUGUUAUAUUGGGCAUGAAGGCACCUACACACCUUCUCAUCGGGAGAUGUGCGCGUCACUCGGCCAGAAUAUCAUGGUGAAUGCUUCCACCACCAUUGGCGAAGACGGCAAGCAAGAGCGUCCCGGCUCAUCCAUCUGGUUCAUGACAGAGAGCAAAGACCGCCAUGUUGUCUCAGAGUAUUGGUUGUCAAUACUAGGGCACGAUAUUGAGGUUGAGAACCAUUUUGCACAACUCAUCGCCUGGAAGAAGGCGCCAUUCCGAACAUAUGUCGUAGAGCAGCGUCCAGGAGAUUUCAUCCUGAUCCCGCCACUGGCACCUCACCAAGUCUGGAACCGUGGCACUCGUACCAUGAAAAUUGCCUGGAACCGCACAACUGUGGAGACUCUAGAACUUGCUCUGAGCGAGGCGCUACCCAACUCGCGUGUCGUCUGCCGUGAUGAACAAUACAAAAACAAGGCCAUAGUAUACUACACCCUCCUCAAGUACUCAAAUCUGAUCAAGAUUGCUAGCGCACAGAUCCAGGCAGGCGGCGAGCAAGCUGAAGCGAUUCGACACUCCAGCAAGGUAAAGCAGAUUCAGAAGGAUUUCAAACGACUCUUCGACCUGUACAAGAAAAUCCUUCUCUCAGAAGUGUUUGCGCCUGAUUCACGGGAACACCCAGAGUUUCUAGCAUACGACAGCAAUGUCACAUGUUCGUAUUGCAGAUGUAACAUUUUCAACCGCUUUUUGAGCUGCAAGUCUUGCAAGAACAUGUUCAGUUCUGAAAUUGAGGAGCCCUACGAUGUUUGCAUGGAUUGUUACUGCAUGGGCCGAAGCUGCGGUUGCCAAUCGGGCUACACAUGGGUUGAGCAAUGGAAAUGGAAGGACCUCAUUCGCAAGUACGAAGAAUGGCGUGCUCAGAUCAUCAACAUCGAUGGCCAUGUGAACGAAAAGACGCCACUCCCACUGCAAGAAGAACGAAGGUAUCUCGGCAAGAAGACCCUAGCCCAGGUCUGCCAGGAGCAAUUGCGGAUCCGCCCAUUUGUCGACAUUAACAACCCGCAGCCAGAAAGUGUAUCCGAUAAUGAGGAACCUGUUGUGGAUGAGUACGGCAAUGUCAAAAAGGCCACGAACCGAAAGUCGAAACAAUGGCUGGCAAAGCAUAAAUCGUGCCAUUUCUGCCUACAUCGACAUCCAAAGUGGAAAAUGGCAUUUUGCUCCAGCUGCGAUCUGGCAUAUUGCUACGGAACGCUAUUCCGUGCACACGAUAUGAUGCCGGUAGGUGUCAUGGAGGCCUAUAAUUGGAAAUGCCCACAUUGCUUGAGAGUCUGUAACACGGGCGCUUGCCGGCGCGAUCCCAGGCAGUACCCCUACGAACCAAAGGGAACUUUGCUCGGUCAUGAUACGAAGAAGGUGGCAGAUGUACGCUCGGUAGAAUGCCUUGUCGAUUUCAGCGUCUCGAAUCUCAAUUGGCUACGAGAAGAGGAUGGUAUGGCCCAGAACGCGAUGCAACGCCGAAUGCAGCAAGCCGAGAUGGAUAAGUCGAUAGAUCCUUCACUCGAUGCGCGGUUUAUUGAUGACGAUGAACAUGCUAAUACAAGAUACGGAAUCAUUUACUCCCCCGUUGAGGAUAACGACGGUGGCAUUGCCAGCACAUCUCAAAUCCACGAUGCCAACGGAGACUUGUACUACCCCGAACCUAGCAUGGAUGGUGAGAUCCCGCGACUUGGCCAAAAACGCACCCACGAUGGACACGAUGAUGUAGAGGAUCGUCGACAGAAGAAAACAAAAGUCAGGAAACAGAAAAGGGACGAGUCGCAAUCGCUGCAGCCAAAGAGUGUACCUGGAAAACAAUAUCAGAAGGAAGUGCAGAAGAAGCUACUCGAGGAUGCCAAACGUGAAGACAGGCUCAUCUUAGUCACCGCUAGGAUAAAAGGCAAAUCAAAGAUUGUCAAAUUGUGUUUGGCAACGGGCCUUCUUGACAGAAUCCGCCAAAGACCGGUCCCAGAACGUGUACAAGUCGUACGCGAGAGUACUCCUGAGGAAUUGGAUAUGCCACAUGACAUGCAGUCGAUAUUAAAAUCGGAUUUGAUGCAACAGCCUAGUGCUGUGGCAGAAAAGGGGAAAGAAGCAAAGACAUAUCGUGUUCGCGUAGAGGAUGAUGAGGCAUACUCGACACGGAAGCGCAACCCAGAGAUUAGCGGCUCUGCAAAGCCUGGUAGGCCUCGAGGCCCCAAACGAUUCGAAGAGUUCACGCUCGAUUCGGAUGAGGAGUUUGCUGAUGAAGAUGGGGCGGAAUAUGUCAGUCAACCUCGUAACCGUAGGUCUACAUGGCUAGCACGGAGAACUGAAGGUGAUGAGGACCUACCAACUGAGCUACCCCCAAAUUUCAGGGACGGCACUGUAAGACCCAGCCGCGAAAGAGACAGGGAACACAACCAAAUUCACAAGGAACGACGACAGAACAUGGCCGCACAAGAGAAUGCUAGCACCCGACCCAGUGGAAAUACCACCGCAAACCUAUAUCAGGAAAGCGUGGAAUAUGUUUCUGGGAACCAUUCCGAUGAAGGCGGCACCCAUGAAGAAGAUACCGAGACCAAUGAUGCAGUUAUGCUCGCACAGCAGGCUACAGCCGCUGCCACUGCCUUGGAACGCCAGCGCAGAGUGGAUGAGACCACGACACGCGCAGAAGCUGUAACAGAAGCCGCAGAGACCAUAGAAGAAGCAGCUGAAGCAACGGAGGCUGAAGCACGGGAGGCUGCAGCACUUGAUGCCAAGGAAAAUCUCCGCGCCAAGAUGGCCCUGUUUCCCCACUCGGACGAUGAUGAUCAAAUUAUGGACAGUUUUCUUGAUGAUCUGCCUACCGAAGAUGAGCCCUCUGAAGACGAGGCACAACCCGAAAUCAGUGUCCCAGAACCCGUCCGAAACGGUCCCCCUCAGCAUACCAACUCGAUUCUGAGUGGCCUCAAUGGAAAGAAGAUCAAGAUUGUCGGAUCAUCUAAUCGCAGCGGCAAUGGGUCUACCAAUGUUACUGCCCCACCAUCACAAUUUACUCCUGUGAACAAGAGGGCUCAGCCAAUCAACUUAUCGGACACAGAGAGUGAGGAUGAGGUUCCCGCAACCGCUCCCGCCCCAAAAAGGCCUGUUGGCAGACCGCCAGGUCGUCCUGCAAUGAAACCUACAAGAGGCUCAGGUUGUGGUACUCGAGGACGGGGACGACCCAGGGGACGACCGAGGAAGACGAUGUAGCAUUUCCAUUGGUGGUCGUUCGUGAUUGCAUUAACGAGGAGUGGUAUUUUGUUUCUAUACUCCUGAACGAGCUUUAUUCAGUGAUGAGUUAUCAGAUGGAG